ACAUUCAGGAAUGUGGCCAUAGAAUUCUCCCAGGAGGAGUGGAAAUGCCUGGACCCUGCUCAGAGGACUCUAUACAGAGACGUGAUGCUGGAGAAUUAUAGGAACCUGGUCUUCCUAGAUAUCUCUUCCAAAUGCAUGAUGAAGGAGGUCUUGUCAACAGGGCAAGGCAAUAUAGAAGUGUUCUACCCAGGGACAUUGCAAAGACCUGAAAGUCAUCACAUUGGAGAUUUUUGCUUCCAGGACAUUGAAAAAGAAAUUCAUGACAUUGAGUUUCAGUGUCAAGAAGAUGAAAGAAGUGGCCAUGAAGCACCCAUGACAAAAAUUAAAAUCUUGACUGGUAGUACAGACCAAUAUGAUCAAAAGCAUGCUGGAAACAAGCCUAUUAACUAUCAGCUUGGAUCAAGUUUUCAUUCACAUCUGCCUGAAUUGCACAUAUUUCAGAUCAAAGGCAAAAUUGCUAGUCAACUUGAGAAGUCUACCAGUGAUGCUCCCUCGGUUUCAGCAUCCCAAAGAAUUUCUUGUAGGCCCCAAACCCAGAUUUCUAAUAACUAUAGGAAUAAUUUCUUGAAUUCUUCAUUACUCACACAAGAACAGGAAGUACACAUGACAGAAACAUCUUUCCAAUGUAAUGAGAGUGGCAAAACCUUUAAUUGUAGCUCACUGUUAAGGAAACACCAGACAAUCCAUUUAGGAGACAAACCAUAUAAAUGUGAUCUAUGUGGCAAGCUCUUUAAUCAUAAGCAGUACCUUGCAUGCCAUCAGAGAUGCCACACAGGUGAGAAACCUUACAAGUGUAAUGAAUGUGGCAAGUCCUUCAGUCAGGUGUCAUCCCUUACAUGCCAUCGUAGACUUCAUACUGGAGUAAAACCUUACAAGUGUAAUGAGUGUGGCAAGAUCUUUGGUCAAAAUUCAGCCCUUGUAAUUCAUAAGGCAAUUCAUACUGGAGAGAAACCUUACAAGUGUAAUGAAUGUGAUAAGGCUUUUAAUCAACAAUCAAACUUUGCACGUCAUCAUAGAAUUCAUACUGGAGAGAAACCUUACAAAUGUGAAGAAUGUGACAAAGUUUUCAGUCACAAAUCAACCCUUGAGACACAUAAGAGAAUUCACACUGGAGAGAAACCGUACAAAUGUAAGGUUUGUGACACAGCUUUCACGUGGCAUUCACAGCUGGCACGACAUACCAGAAUUCACACUGGAGAGAAAACUUACAAGUGUAAUGAGUGUGGCAAGACUUUCAGUCACAAGUCCUCCCUUGUAUGCCAUCGAAGACUUCAUGCCAGAGAGAAAUCUUACAAAUGUGAGGUUUGUGACAAGGCUUUCAUGCGGAAUUCACAACUGGCAAGACAUACUAGAAUUCACCCUGGAGAAAAACCUUACAAGUGUCGUGAAUGUGGCAAGACCUUUGGUCAAAAUUCAGAUCUUUUAAUUCAUAAAUCAAUUCACACUGGAGCGCACCCUUACAAAUGUGAAGAAUGUGAAAAAGUUUUCAGUCGCCAGUCAAGCCUUGAGACACAUAAGGUAGUUCAUACUGGAGAGAAACCAUACAAAUGUAAGGUUUGUGACAAGGCUUUCGCGUGUCAUUCCUAUCUGGCAAAACAUACUAGAAUUCAUAGUGGAGAGAAACCUUACAAGUGUAAUGAGUGCGGCAAGACCUUCAGUCACAGGUCAUACCUUGUAUGCCAUCGUAGAGUUCAUAGUGGUGAGAAACCUUAUAAGUGUAAUGAGUGCGACAAGACCUUCAGUCGCAGGUCAUCCCUUCAUUGCCAUCGUAGACUUCAUAGUGGUGAGAAGCCUUACAAGUGUAAUGAGUGUGGCAAUACCUUCCGUCACUGGCCAUCCCUUAUAUACCAUCGUAGACUUCAUACUGGAGAGAAAUCUUACAAAUGUACUGUUUGUGACAAGGCUUUCGUGCGUAAUUCACUCCUGGCAAGACAUACUAGAAUUCACACUGCAGAGAAACCUUACAAGUGUAAUGAAUGUGGGAAGGUUUUUAAUCAACAAUCACACCUUUCACGUCAUCAUAGAAUUCAUACUGGAGAGAAACCUUAGAAAUGUGAAGCGUGUGACAAAGUUUUCAGUUGGAAAUCACACCUUAAAAGCAGAAUUCAUACUGGAGAGAAGCCAUACAAAUGUAAGGUUUGUCACAAGACUUUUGCGAGUGAUUCUCUGGCACAACAUACUGGAAUUCACACUGGAGAGAACAAGUGUAAUGAGUGUGGCAAAGCCUUUAGUGGACAGUCAACACUUAUUCCCCAUCAGGCAGUUCAUGGUAUGGGGAAAUUUGACUAAUGGAUAUCUUACAAGUAUAAUAAAUGUGGUAAAGUUUUCAGACAUCGUUUGUACAUUGCAGUUCAUUGGCAAACUCAUACUGGAGAGAAACCUUACAAAGGUCAUGACUGUGGCAAGGUCUUCAGUCAAGCUUCAUCCUAUGCAAAACAUAGGAGAAUUCAUACAGGAGAGAAAGCUCACAAGUGUGGUGAUUGUGGCAGAGCCUUUACUUCAUGUUCACACCUCAUUAGACAUCAGAGAAUCCAUACUGGACAGAAAUCUUACAAACGUCAUAAGUGUGGCAAGGUCUUUAGUCCGAGGUCACUCCUUACAGAACAUGAGAAAAUUCAUUUUUGAGAUAACUGUUCCCAAUGAAAUAAGUAUAGCAAACCAUCAGGCAUUAAUUGACAUUAGAGUCAAUUCAGCAUUGACUCGAGUUUCUGUUGACUUAACAUUGAGUUCAAGCCUUAAUUGACAUUAAAGUGUUUGUGUUAAGAGGAUUGGGCCAGGUGUGGUGGCUCAGGCCUGUUGUGCCAGCACAUUGGGAGGCCAAGGCAGGUAGAUUACUUGAGGUCGGGAGUUUGAAACCAGCAUGGCCCACACAUGUUAGCCACUUGUCUCAGCCUGUUUUUUGUUUCUGAUUUUCUUAUUUAUUUAUUUAUUUAUUUUGAGAUGGAGU